UAGUCAACUGGCUAUUUUGCAUAAAUUAGAUUUCAAGGUUGCUCAAGGCAGUAUAUAAUCAUGAACGCUUGAACUUAAUUACAGAACCAAACAAAACCCAAAAUGGCAACUGGAAUACUUUCCAAUUCCAUACCGUUUCUAUUAUUGCUCAUUGGUACUCUAUCAUUCCAAACGUUUCUCAUCAAUCAUCUGGCUCUCGCUGAUGUUUCAACGGCCAGCAAAGCCCGAUACGCAUUAGAGAUACGUAGACGUCUCGCCAAUGACUCUUUGUCGCCGGUUGGACCCCCACCUCCACCUUCUAGCGAUCGGAAUUCUAGACCGCCAAUUGAACCUCUUCCUCCACCUUCUGGCGAUCAGAACUCUAGAUCGCCAAUUGAACCUCCACCACCACCUUCUGGUGAACGGAAUUCUACACCGUCAGAAACUCCACCUCUAGCUUCUGGUGAUCAGAACUCUACACCACCAAUUGAACCUCCACCUCCACCUUCUGGUGAUCGAAACUCUACACCGCCAAUUGAAACUCCACCUCCACUUUCUGGCGAUCGAAACUCUAUACCUCCAAUUGAAUCUCCACUGCCAGUUGAACCUCCACCUCCACCUUCUGGCAAUCGAAACUCUACACCGCCAAUUGAACCUCCAUCGCCGCCUUCUGGCGAUCGGAACUCUAGACCGCCAAUUGAACCUCCAUCGCCGCCUUCUGGUGAACGGAAUUCUACGCCGCCAAUUGAACCUCCACCUCCACCUUCUGGUGAUCGAAACUCAACACCGCCAAUUGAACCUCCACCGCCAAUCGAACCUCCACCUCCACCUUCUGGUGAUCGAAACUCUACACCGCCAAUUGAACCUCCACCGCCAAUCGAACCUCCACCUCCACCUUCUGGUGAUCGAAACUCUACACCGCCAAUUGAACCCCCACCGCUAAUCGAACCUCCACCUCCACCUUCUGGUGAUCAAAACUCUACACCGCCAAUUGGACCUCCACCUCCACCUUCUGGUGAUCGAAACUCAACACCGCCAAUUGAACCUCCACCGCCAAUCGAACCUCCACCUCUACCUUCUGGUGAUCGAAACUCUACACCGCCAAUUGAACCUCUAUCACCAAUCGAACCUCCACCUCCACCUUCUAGUGAUCGAAACUCUACACCGCCAAUUGAACCUCCACCUCCACAUUCUGGUGAUCGAAACUCAACACCGCCAAUCGAACCUCCACCUCCACCUUCUGGUGAUCGAAACUCUACACCGCCAAUUGAACCUCCACCGCCAAUAGAACCUCCACCUCCACCUUCUGGUGAUCGAAAUUCUACACCACUAAUUGAACCUCCACCGCCAAUCGAACCUCCACCUCCACCUUCUGGUGAUCGAAACUCUACACCGCCAAUUGAACCUCCACCUCCACCUUCUGGUGAUCGAAACUCAAUACCGCCAAUUGAACCUCCACCGCCAAUCGAACUUCCACCUCCACCUUCUGGUGAUCGAAACUCUACAUCGCCAAUUGAACCUCCACCGCCAAUCGAACCUCCACCUCCACCUUCUGGUGAUCGAAACUCUACACUGCCAGUUGAACCCCCACCGCCAAUCGAAUCUCCACCUCCACCUUCUGGUGAUCAAGACUCUACACCGCCAAUUGGACCUCCACCUCCACCUUCUGGCGGUCGAAACUCUACACCUCCAAUUGAACCUCCACCUCCACCUUCUGGUAAUCGGAACUCUACACCACCAAUUGAAUCUCUACCGCCACCUUCUGGCGAACGGAACUCUAUACCACCACAACCUCCACCUCCAUCUUCUGGCGAUCAAAACUCUACAUCGCCCAUUGAACCUCCACCACCACCUUCUGGCAAACGAAACUCUAUAUUAUCAGAACCUCCACCGCCAUCAUCUAGUGAACGGAACUCAACACCCCCAGUUGAACCUCCACCGCCACCAACUGAAUCUACACCGCCACCCAAUAACGAGACUCCUCCACCAGUCACUCUACCUCUACCUCCACCUUCACCUUUGCCUUCUCCACCACUAGCUGAACCUCCAUCGCCACCUUUUGACGAACGAAACACUCCAUCACCAGCUGAACCUCCUUCAAUAUCACAUCAUAAUGCUCCUCCUCCUGUUAUCCCACCUCCUCCGCCACCACCAACUGAAUCUUCACCACCACCUUUUGAGGAACAGAAAUCUCCACCACCAACUAGACAUCUUUCACCUCCCAUCACUCCUCCUACACCAGCUAAACCUCCUUCACAUCAUAAUAAUGAUAUUCCGCCACAACCUCCACCACCAAAAUCAUUUGAGAGCAAGCGUAUUGAGCUCGUUUACCCCAUCAUCCAGAAGCUGAAGAAAAAAAUCACGUAUGACCCCAAGAGUAUCACCAAAACUUGGGUCGGUUUCGAUAUAUGUGGCAAAUACAAAGGAUUUCGGUGUGCUACUGUCCCUGAUUUCGGAGUCAAAGCUGUGUCUGGGGUACAAUUUAACGGGUUCAACUUUGAUGGUCCGAAUCUGACAUUAGAAGGCUUCAUUGAUGAGAUGCCGGACGUCAGUAUCUUUCAUGCGAAUUCCAAUAAUUUUACUGGCGUAAUUCCGAAGAAAAUCUCAACCCUUAAGUAUUUAUACGAGCUUGAUUUGAGCAACAACAAUUUCAGCGGUACCUUCCCUUAUGAAGUUAUCCGCGCAACCAAUUUGACAUUCUUGGACUUGAGGUUCAACAGGUAUUUUGGCGUGGUGCCUCCUCAAGUUUUCACACUAGACCUUGACGCACUCUUCAUCAACAAUAACAACUUUCAGCAAACAUUACCGGAGAAUUUAUUUUCUCUCCCGGCUCUUUACUUAACUCUGGCCAACAAUAAACUCACCGGUCCAAUACCAUGCAACAUCGGGAAAGCGACCAAAACAUUGGCCGAAGUUCUCUUUUUAAACAACCAGCUUUCCGGCUGUCUUCCCAGCGAAAUCGGGCUUCUAAACAAGCUCACUGUUUUUGACGUCAGUCGAAACCUGUUGACCGGUCAGAUCCCUUAUUCUUUUGGUUGUUUGACCAGCAUGGAGAUUCUCAACUUUGCUAACAAUCAGUUUUAUGGAGUUGUUCCUGAUAGCUUGUGUAAUUUGCCAAAUUUGAAGAAUUUUACGGUGUCUUUAAACUUUUUUACCGAGGUCGGCCCGGCUUGCUUGAAGCUGAUUAAGAAGGGGUUUCUUGAUGUGAAGAAGAAUUGUAUUCCUGGGCUUCCGAAACAAAGAUCGGAAGAAGAAUGUGCUGCUUUUGCUCGUAAACCGAAACGUUGUCCCAAUCCACAAAAUUACCCAUUGAAUUGGAUGCCCUGCCGGCAGAGAAUAAGUUCCAGUUCAAUGGCUCGGCGUAAGGCCGGAGAAUUAGAGUUGCCAUUUUCUUACCACACUUUGCACCCACAUGGACGAUAAUUAAAUGAUACGCCAAGCAUUUUUUUAGAGGUCAAUAUUAUGUUAGUUUUACGUGUAUGAAAGUUCAAUGCGCGUUGUUUUAAUAGAAAUCAAAUGGAAGGGACGAAAUAAGUGGUUUUUGUGUUUGCAU